UCUCUAAUUUCAAAAAGAGACCCUCUUUAUAUUUUCCUUGUCUAUUUCUUUUUUUCUUUUCUUCUCCUGCAGAAAACCAUAGAAUCCCAACUUCAACCGCCUCUUUCCGUCUCCCAUCUCUCUCUCUCUCUCUCUCUCUCUUCCGAUUCUCACAACUCUUCCCAUUUGCUGUAAUCACCUCCAAUCAACCCCUUCGGAUAGCGUUUAUAGUUCAUCCUUUCGUGAUUGUACGAUAUCUACUUUGAUAUCUUUCGAUAUACUUUCAAUUGAUUACGCGGGGUCCAGAUUUCCGGUGCUUCAAUCCGGUACAUGUGUCUAACGCUAAUUCGCCGGAAUUACUUUUUCAAGAUUCAGUCAUUCCGAUUAGGGUUUUUGGUGAUCUCAGCGAUUGCCUAGGAUUUCCCAAAUUUCAGGUGUUUUUUGGGUUUUUUUUUGCUGCCGCUGCUAGGGUUUCAUUUCUUUGAUAUCUAGUGUUUACUCAUCAGGAGUCAGGAAGAAUAUCUGACUCUUUUCCGUCCUUCCCAUUUCGAUCCCCGACUUUGUUGGAAGUCGAUCCAGUGUUCAUUGUUUUGAGUACUCAUGUUUAUGGAUAUGUGUAUAGGAUUAAUUGUGUGAUAAGUUUUGGAUACUAUAAAACUAUCUGGUUAAGAAGUUUAAUAAUAUCUUAUCAGUUUACUAUUGCUGCUGGGUGGAGAAAGAAUACAUUAGUUUCUCCUCUCUCUCUGGAGGAAGCUACCCAGGUUAGCAAAUCAUAACCGUGCAUGGGAGAACAGGAGAGCUGGGCACAGCCAAGUGGCCUAUUGCCAAAUGGCUUAUUGCCCAAUGCUGGUCCAUUGAUCCGAGUCCUUGACUCAGAGAGAUGGUUGAAGGCCGAAGAGAGGACUGCAGAGCUUAUUGCUUGCAUUCAGCCCAAUCAGCCUUCAGAAGAGCGCAGAAAUGCUGUUGCUGAUUAUGUGCAGAGACUCAUUGUGGAGUGUUUUCCAUGCCAGGUGUUCACUUUUGGGUCUGUACCACUUAAGACUUAUCUACCAGAUGGGGACAUUGACUUAACAUCAUUCAGUAACAAUCAGAACAUGAAGGACUCAUGGGCUAAUCAAGUUCGAGACAUGCUGGAGAAAGAGGAGAAGAAUGAGAAUGCUGAAUUUCGUGUUAAAGAGGUUCAGUACAUUCAGGCUGAAGUCAAGUUAAUAAAAUGUUUGGUGGAGAACAUUGUAGUUGACAUAUCUUUUAAUCAGCUUGGUGGACUAUGCACACUUUGUUUCCUGGAGGAGGUCGAUCAUUUGAUAGAUCAGAAUCAUUUAUUCAAACGUAGUAUAAUAUUGAUUAAGGCAUGGUGUUACUACGAGAGCAGGAUAUUGGGGGCCCAUCAUGGACUUAUUUCAACUUAUGCACUUGAAACAUUGGUUCUUUACAUAUUCCAUGUUUAUAAUAACACUUUUACUGGGCCACUUGAGGUUCUAUACCGUUUCCUUGAGUUCUUCAGUAACUUUGACUGGGAGAACUUCUGUGUCAGUUUGUGGGGUCCUGUACCCAUUAGUUCCCUUCCUGAUGUAACUGCGGAGCCUCCGCGGAAGGACAGUGGGGAGUUAUUGCUUAGCAAAUUGUUUCUUGAUGCUUGUAGUUCAGUCUAUGCUGUUUUUCCUGUUGGACAAGAAAAUCAAGGACAAACUUUUCUUUCAAAACAUUUUAAUGUUAUUGACCCUUUACGUGUGAAUAACAAUCUUGGACGCAGUGUUAGCAAAGGUAAUUUCUUUAGAAUACGAAGUGCAUUUGCUUUUGGUGCCAAGAGGUUGGCCAGGUUGCUUGAUUGCCCAAAGGAAGAUUUGUUCUAUGAAGUAAACCAAUUCUUCAUGAAUACAUGGGAUAGACAUGGCAGUGGAAAUCGUCCAGAUGCUCCAAGGGUUAAUGUAGAAUAUUUGCGAUUGACUCCUUUGGACAACUUAAAUGUGUCUGAAAAACUGAAGAACAGUUCAUGUAGUGAAAAGAUGAUUGAAAGUUCUUCUGGUUGUGCCACUGUAGCUGAUGCAAACCAUCCUCAAAGACUUCCCCACCAACAUGAUAUUUUCCCCUUGGUAUCUAGAUCCAUUCAUUCUCAGGCUCCAAAAGGUUUAGUCAAUUCAAGCAGCUCUGUUAUGACUGAUAAUAUAUUAAGAGGAACUAAUUCUAACAAAGACAUUAAUCCAGACAAAGGACAGAGAAAUGUUAAAUCCAAUCAUUUGCCAAAUGAUCUUAAUGCAAGGUAUCUUUUUGCAAGAACACGUUCCAGUCCUGAGCUCACUCACACUUUUACUGAUUCCUCUUCCCGUAAUAGACGUUAUGAAACUCAGACUACUUCAGCAAGACAUGAUGUCGGGAGGAACAAUCCUUCAGUAAUGAAGCAUGCUCCUCUUAAUCCAAGUAACGAUGCUUCCUUUGAUUCAGACAACAUUUCAAACAGUAGUCGCCAUGACUUCAUCUUAGGAACAAUGGGUGAAGAGUACUCUUCUAUGAGCGGAAUGCAUGCGAUGCAUCAGGAGGAGCAGGAUCUUGUGAACUUGAUGGCUUCUUCCAUGCUACAUGGUCAUAAUGGACAGAUACACAUGCCAUUCAGCUUAGCUUCAGGUCACAUACCUUUUCCAGUGCCACCUUCUUUAUUAGCUUCAAUGGGUCAGAGAAAUUUUGGUGGAAUGUUACCCACUAAUAUUCCGAUGAUUGAUCCUUCGUUUCCAAAUAUGCAAUUUCCUCAAGGCAUGAUGUCACAGCCACUAACACAUUAUUUUCCUGGUAUGGCAUUGACGGCAAACUCUGAAGAUGCUGUUGAACAUGUUAAUGAAAACUUUUCUUCUGUGGAGACUGAUCACGGGUGUUGGCCGGAGCAUGAUGCUGGCUAUAAUGGUGGUCCUGAAUCUGAAAGUGUAAAUUUACAAUCAAGUGUCAAUCCACAACCAGGUUCAAGUAACUUUGUUCGUUCAUCGUGGUUAAGUGGUACCAGUAAUUUGGUAAGGGGUCCGCAGAAACUUAACAAAGAGGGAAUAUCGAUGGAAACUCAGUUAGAUGGUUUUCAACUUCAAGAUAAUAGAGUAAAUGAUCAUUCUGAUGAUAGAACCACUAGUUCAAGAUUUGCAACUGCUGCGAAUAGUGAUAGUAUAAGGAGUCGAACAUCUUCCGAGAGUUCCUGGGAUGGCUUAUCAAAGGUUUCAAAGGAAAAGAAGGGAAAGAAAAUGGUUCUUACCGAACCAUCUACAAAGCAUGGUGCUCUGGAUGAAGAAGAUGGAAGAGAUUUGUAUCAUCUGACACCUGCAGGAAAUGAAGCGAAUGAAAAUGGUUCUGGCUACCUAUCUUUGCCUAAUCUGCGGCACCACAUUGUUGGGCAUGAAUCCCAAACUACUGGAUCAGACAAAAUGGUACCUAUGACCCCAGUGAUUUUAGGGCCUGGUUCUCGCCAAAGAGGAAUUGAUAACUCUAGUGAACUUCCCUUUGCAUUUUAUGCUACAGGACCCCCCGUCCCAUUCCUUACUAUGCUUCCAUUCUCCUGCAUUUCGUCUGAGACAACUUCUAAUGUAUCCACUAGUCAUUUCGGUGGAGAGGAUAAUAGUGUAGAUGCUUCAGACUCUGGUCAGAAUUUAGAUUCUCAUGAAGGGCCUAAUCAUGCUGAGGAAUUGAAUAGCAGUUCUUCCAGGAAGGCUCUGCCUGCUUCUGCUAUUACACGAUCUGUUGAGCACAAUCCUGAUAUCUUGAAUAGUGACUUUGAAAGCCAUUGGCAGAAUUUGCAAUUUGGCCGUGUUUGCCAGAAUCCACAUUAUGGGCCAGGGGUUUUUCCUCAUUCAACUGUAGUGCCUCCUAUGUAUAUGCAAGGGCAUUCUCCAUGGGAUGGUCCAGGAAGACCUGUUUCAUCAAACAUGAAUUUGAUCACUCAGCUUAUGCGCGGCUAUGGUCCACAUUAUUUACCUAUGGCUCCUUUGCAGUCUAUGCCAAACAGGCCUCCUAAUGUUUAUCAAAGAUAUUUUGAAGAUAUGCCAAGAUAUCGUACUGGGACUGGAACUUAUUUGCCAAAUCCAAAAAAUUCUCCUAGGGAUCGACAGUCUUUUGGGAACAACAGGAGGGGGAACUACAGCCAUGAUAGAAGUGACAACGGUGACUACAGGGAAGGGCAUUGGCAAGGUAAUUCUAAGUCGCGAGGUGCUGGCCGCAAUCAACAAAAUCGCAACCAAUCUGAAAAAUUAAGCUCAAGGGGGGACCGGAUUGGUGGAGGUGAUAGUAGUAGGGGUGAUCGUCCUUGGAACAACUCGUACAGAAAUGACCCGUCUCAGAAUGGUCCUCAAUUUUCGAGCUCCAAUCAGAGUGGUCCUUCUGAUGUUGGAGGAUAUAACAUGUAUACUUUGCCAGCCAUGAACCAGAAUGGAGUAGUGACUUCAAAUAGUACUGGACAAUAUAUGGUGUACCCUUAUGACCCAAACAGCAGUACAUAUAGUGUGCCACCUGAACAUCUUGAGUUCGGCUCUCUUGGACCAAUGGGCGUUUCAAAUUUGAAUGAUCAAAACGAAGGAAAUCAUCGAGCUACUAGGGGGCAGCUGGAUGGACAAAGAUUUCAUGGAGGUUCUGAGCAGCGAUCUUCAUUAGAUCAACAACCUUCAUCACCACACCAUAAUCAAAGGAAGUCUUAAGUAUUUUGCGAGACGAAGGGCCAAAGCAAUUAGGAUUCUCCUGCUUAUUGCAUUUCAAGAAAAUGACACAAUUGUGAGAGCUUCUCAUUGCUGCUGGGGUGAUAACAACGAAGCAGUCUGAAGAAAAAAAAGAGAAUGGUGGGUCUAUGGGUGGCUGGAAUCCUUUUGCCUGUAAAGUAAAAAUCAAAAACAUCAUACAAUAUUAGAGCCUCAUGAAGGGAGAAACCAGUAAAUCAUGAUAAUAAUUUUACCCUUUAACUGGAAGGGAAGGUGGUGAAACUGUAAUUUCUCAUCAUAGUAAAUGUAGAACUAAUUUUGUUGUUCUUUAAGUUUUUUCUACAAUUGUUGUUGAAGUUUGGGUCAUUUGAUUGAUUGAUGAUAUAUAGGAUUUUAUGUCCAAUUUUUUUGU